AUUUCCUUAGUUUGAAUCGGUUCGAAUUUUUGAAUUAUUUGACGUAUAAACAAACUUGUACGCGUAUAAGUUUUAUUAUGGUUAACAUUUUUAAUAGAUAAACGUUGCGAGUGAACAAGUGUUUAAUUUCAAUGCUACGUAAAAUCUAACGUUUUUAAUAAAUACAUUUUAAUUUGUUCUAAGUGAAUUUAUCAGAUAUUCUUAAACUUUUUUCGAUACAAUUACGGUAUAUUAAAAAAUGGAUAACCUAUUUGGUAAAGAAGAUUCUGGAAAUGAAAGUGAGCAUGUGGAAGUAGAUGAUAAAGAUGAAAAAUUUAGUAUUUCACAAAAUUCUACAUCCAAGGAUAUCGAAAAUAUGGACAUAGAUGGUUUACCAAUAAAGGGAGAACUGGAUACUAUGAGUUCUCAAUCUCAAUCAGAUACGGAAGAAAUAGGUUCUAAUUCUAUAUGUAUGACGAUGGAUGAUCAAUUGGAAAUAGUAAAACAUGAAAUUGAAAUUGAAAAUAAAGAAGAAGAACAAAGUACAGAAGAUAUUUUUGGCAAUGACAUUAUGUUACCUCGUGUUAAUCAUACUAGUAUUAAAGAAAGAAGGGAAAGUAAAGAAAAAAGUAAAAAAGAGUUAGAAGAAGAGGAAAGGGAGAAAAUGCAAGUACUUGUCUCUAAUUUUACUGAAGAUCAGUUAGAUAGAUAUGAAAUGUACAGGCGAGCUGCAUUUCCAAAAGCAGCUAUAAAGAGGAUUAUGCAAACUAUAACAGGUUGUUCUGUAUCACAAAAUGUUGUGAUUGCAAUGUCGGGUAUUGCUAAAGUAUUUGUUGGGGAAAUUGUAGAAGAAGCUUUAGAUGUAAUGGAAGCUAAUGGAGAAACAGGACCAUUACUACCCAAACAUUUAAGAGAAGCAGUUCGUAGAUUAAGACUUCAAGGUCAAAUUCCAAAUGGACGUGCACAUAAAGCAUUUUUUAGAUUAUAGAUAAUAUAUUAUUUCUCCAUUAUAGUUGUGAUAGAAGAAAUAUUUUGUUGAUUGAACUUGUGUAUAAUAUCGAUUAUAAUAUAAUAAUGAUAAUAUCUA